GUGGAGCCUGAGGCUGGGUGACAGCCAACCCUCUGCCUUGCCACCCUGGUUGGUUUCUCAGCCCAAGUCCCCACCUUUAAAGUCGGACUCCUUGUGCCUGGAACGAGAUCCAGACCUUCCCGUCUCUGUAGGAUCACAGCUGCAUGUGCAUAAACCCACAACACACUACAUUCCUUCAGUCCAGAAAGUCACUGUUGAAACUAUACGAGAAACCCAGUUGGUGGCCCAACCAUUCCAGGGCCCCACUGUCCCCCAAAAGAGGCACCUUUUGGGGAGCCAGCAUGGAGAACACAGGUCCAUAGCUUGGGAAAUGUUCUUCCCUAUCAUUUGCUUCAUCAUCCUACUCUCUAACAAGUUCCCAGAGAACAAACCCUCAUUCCAGUAAGCUGUUCCACCCACCCCACUCCCAGGGCAGGAGCAGGGGCAGGACAAAGGAGGGCCUGGGUUUUUCUGUGGCUCUUGACUCCUCUAAGACCAGUUCUGCCCUGCCUUCCAUCAAGUGACCUUAUCCAGGGGGUACAAAAGGGACCUCUGCUCUGGGCCUUACAAGAUCUCAUGCCAGUCCCCGGAGAGCAGAGUCCAAUGUACAAGGGGUGCUAUUUGCGCAUCCCCCUCUGGCCCAGGCUUGGGAACAGCUCUGGACUUCACCACCCAAAUGCUCCCAAGCCUGUAUCACCAUACCUGACACCAGCCUCAGUCACUUGCAAUGUAGGUCCAGAGUGGCUAGUUGGGAGGGCGUAGAGGGCGGUGCUACCUAGACAGACAUGCACAUGGCUGGGCAGGAAGCCUCCGUGCCAGGCAGAGAUGGAAUGAGGAGAGAAGGGGACAGGGUGGGCUGUCCCCAUGUGGCCUGUGUGCAAGACAGAGGACAUCAGAAAUUCAAAACUGGAACCUCAUGUCCCAAAUCCUUGACUGUUUUCGUUAAGAAAACGUUUUAUCAGUUUCUUAAAUUGAUUUAUAACUUUUCAAACAUUAGACACGGUGUGAGCUUCCAUCCAUGCUCUUCGCUGACUCUCAAGUGUUAGGGCAGGCCUUGCCAAACUGUUUCAGGAAGUGCUUCCCAUCUGGGGCCCCAUUGUAGCAAAGUUGGUGAGGAGGUUGGCCUCGGGAGAUGGCCUCCGGGGCCCCGGCACUGCUGCUGCUGUCGCUGCUCUGUCUGCCCAGUCUCCCGCCCGGAUCCACCAGCUGCCCGGCUGCCUGCCGCUGCUACAGCACCACAGUGGAGUGUGGGGCCCUGGGGCUGCACGUUGUCCCGCCAGGAAUCCCGCCUGGGACACAGACGCUGUUCCUGCAGGAUAACAGCAUCUCAUGCCUGGAGCUGGGCAUCCUGGCGCCCCUUGCAGCCCUUCACAGUCUCUACCUGCACAACAACAGCCUUCGCACCCUGGAGCCAGGCACCUUUCACGCACAGUCGCGCCUGCUGGAGCUCGCACUCACAGGCAACCAGUUGCGAGGCCUGCGCCUGGGGGCUUUUGCAGGCCUGGCUCAGCUGCGCAUCCUCUACCUGGCUGGCAACCAGCUGAUGCAGCUGCUGGACUUCACCUUCCUGCAUCUGCCGGAGCUGCACCUGCAGGAAAACAGCAUUAAGCUGCUGGAGGACCAGGCCCUGGCCGGGCUCUCCUCACUGGCACUGCUGGACCUCAGUAGGAACCAGCUGGGCACCAUCAGCCAUGAGACCCUGCAGCCCCUGGCCAGCCUGCAGGUCCUACGCCUCACAGAGAACCCAUGGCGCUGUGACUGCGCGCUGCACUGGCUGGGAGACUGGCUCAAGGAGGCGGGGCAGAGGUUGCUCGGCUCCAGGGACAGGAAGAUCGUGUGCGCAGAGCCUCCACGCCUGGCCCUCCGGAGCCUCCUGGACGUCUCUGGCAGUAGCCUCAUCUGCAUCCCACCUGCUGUGCACGUUGAGCCGCUGGAGGUGACAGCCAACCUGGGUGAGAACCUGCGGGUUGCCUGCCAGGCUUCCGGCUACCCGCAGCCCCUGGUAACCUGGAGAAAGGUGGCCCAGCCUCGCGAGGGACAACCACGGGCCCAGGCCCCGCCAGAAGGCGGGGUGCCAGGCCCAGGCGGGCACGGAGCCUCCGACACGGGCAGCGGCAUGCUCUUUCUCACCAACAUCACCCUGGCCCACGCUGGCAAGUACGAGUGCGAGGCCUCUAACGCCGGCGGCGCCGCUCGGGUGCCCUUCCAGCUCCUGGUCAACGUGUCCCAGCAGCAGCUGCAGGGGGCGCCCCCGCCGGCGGCCGUGGGCCCCGCGCCCCUGCCCGAGGCGAGCAGCAUGGCCUUCCGCGCCCUGGGGCUGGCCACGCAGACGGUGAUCGCGGCGGCCAUCGCGCUCCUGGCGCUGACGGCGAUGCUGCUGGCGACCCUCAUCUGUCGCCGGCGCCGGCGGCGGAAAAAGGCGCCCGGGCCGCCGGGGGAGGGCGCGCUGUUCGUCAACGACUACUCGGACGGGCCCUGCACCUCCGCGCAGCUGGAGGAGCUCCGCGGCGAGCGGGGCCACGAGAUGUUCGUCAUCGACCGCUCCAAGCCGCUCUUCGCCGAGGCCCCAGCACAGGGCGCGGCGCCCGGGCCGGCGCAGGGGUUCCCGCUGCAGCCUCCCGCCGCCUAUGAGAUCCACUGCUGAGGGCGGGGCGGGCGGCGCGCGCUGAUGACGCAGGCCCGGCGGACUGGCCAGUCGGCGGACUCUGUUCGCGCAUGCUCCAGCGUGAUCAGUAAAGGGUGGAAGCUG